UUGUAAAUGAUCAGUUUGUAAAAGUAUUCGGCGCGGAUACCUCGUUUCCGCUCGUUAUUUUACCUUGAUCUCGUUGUGUUAUAUUGUUAUCGAAAACAAACUAGGUAACACAAAGGACGAUUGUUACAAGAGUUCUUAUAAAAGUGUUUUAAGAACUUGUGAACCCAAGAAACUUCGAUUUCAUCAUGGUAGUUUAAGAAAUCAAUAUGGGCUAAGCUGUGAAAGUAAAGUGCAUGAAAAUUAGCGAAAAGGAAGCAACAAAGCAAGCACCAUGUAUUCUAUGAAUUACAUCGGGACUUUUUUCAAGAAAUUCUAUAAUGAGAUCAACAGCGCUACGUUGACGGGAGCGAUAGAUGUGAUCGUGGUGGAGCAGCCUGACGGAAGUUUUACUUGUUCACCGUUUCACGUUCGAUUUGGAAAACUUGGUGUUCUACGCUCCAGAUUCAAAGUGGUGGAUCUUGAACUCAAUGGAGAGCCUCUGCCAAUUCACAUGAAGCUUGGUGAGUCAGGCGAGGCGUUUUUCGUAGUGGAGGUCGGAGAAGAUGAAGCGGAAUGUUCAGCUCACUUGGCCACUUCGCCAAUACCGGCAAGUCGGUUUGACGACCUAUACGAGCCUAGAAGAAGAAACUCCCUCUCUGCAGUGGAACCGGAUCAUGGCCAAGCAUCUGACUACACAAAGCGGAGGUACACAGCCGACGGAAAGACAAUGCAGAAACCUGAUCUAAGUAAAUAUUCAAAGAAAACUACCAAAGAAGAAAAAAAUGAUGAUAAUGAAGCUUUGUUUGAGAUGGAUGGACUCAACGAAGGUACAGACUGGCCGGAUCUAGUUGCGAAAACUUUCUCGGCGACGAAACUCAGCCUUGACACUGAAGCAUGCCAAACAGUACAAAAAAUAAGUGAACACAAUGACUUUAGGCCCAUAGAGGCAAUGGAAGAUCCAAAGCAGAAUGGCAAUGGAAAAAAGAAGAAGAAAACAAGAAAAUUCAGCUCCAAGAAGAAGCACCAUCGAAAGUCCUCAACUAGUUCUAUUUCCAGUCAAUCUGAUUUCACGGUUGAAACUCGUGCCACCACCAUUCCUAAUACCACAGACAUUCACUUCUUUAGUGAUACCGAGGCAGCUGCCCUCGAUGAAGAAAUGUCAAACUUGAAGUUGAAUGGUGAUAACCGCAUACCAUUGGCCUUGUCUGAUACAGCGUUCGAGGUGCACGCUGCCUCCAGACAUACGAAAGGUUCUCGUCACGGUACACCAGUACAGUCUGAUACGGAAGUUGAAUUAGCGCGAACAACUUCUGGGAAUAAACCAUCUCAGUCAUGGCGUUGGGGGGAGUUACCCGAGCCCCCGAUUCGUACAACAAUGACGGAAUCCACUGACACGGCUUCACCAGCAUCCCCUGCUGAGCCCGCUUCCCCCACGGAGCCCUUAAGUUCGGAUGAAGAAAGGCACGAGCGACGUGGGGUCUUAAGUGGGAUGUUCAGGUUUAUCUCCUCUCGGGAAGCGGAGCCGGGUGUUGAAGGUGUAUACUUAGACGAUCUAGAUAAGGGUCAAGUGGAUCCGAACAUGUACUUUCCCAAACACCACACAAAGCGUUAUCGCACAGGAACUAGUGGUUCCGUUCAACAAGGCCCUACUGAGGAAGAAUACGAGUCGGGCAAUGGUCCGUCUCUACCGCAGUCACCUGCUUCUCCGGCUUCGCCUGCAUCGCUUGACCCACCGGGAUUGGAUUCUGAUGAUGAUGAUAAAAUUCUUGCCAAAGGUGAAGUCCAACUAUACGCAAGAGAAGGUGCCGUCUCACACGUGCUUCCAUAUGAGGAGUUCUGUUCGAUGGGCGGCCGGCUCGCGGCAGAAGGAAGGUUAGAAGUACGUAUUGGGUCGCGCACACUCCCAUGGCGUACUGCUGGACCGCUGAUACUAUCGCUGUUGGCGUAUAGACGGCCUCUGCCUACUCGAGUGCUAGAAGAAUUAGACAAAGGGGAUAAGGAACCUUCUGAGUCUCAACCGACAGACGCAGCGAAGCCUCGCACAUAUUCGUGGUGGUAUUGGAGAAGAUCUAACACGGAUUCUAAGAGGCCAGACGUUCCGCCUAAACAAGGAGAGCUAAAGGAACUAGUACCUCAGUCAGAAGUGAAGGAUUUAGCGGGACUGGAUCAAGUAGACAAUAACACACCAAAUGUAGAAAGUAAAGAAGACACUCCUAUCAUCCAAGAUUUGCAGCCUGAAGACUUGGAAGAGAGUAUACCAGAGUUUGAUGAUAAACAAAUUUUCAAUCAAAGUGAUCGUCACGAGCAAAGUUCUUCAGAUUCUGAUCAAGACACACAGCAGGGCUCGCGAAGACAUUCCACCUUCCGUAAGACGUUGCGACUCUCCUCUGAUCAAAUCAAAAAAUUAAACCUCCGCGAGGGCAUCAAUGAGAUGGUCUUCAGUGUGACGACGGCAAUUCAAGGCACUUCGCGCUGCAAAUGCAAUGUGUUCCGUUGGCGGUACGACCACAAAAUCGUUAUAUCGGACAUCGACGGAACCAUCACUAAGUCGGACGUGCUAGGUCACAUUUUCCCUCUAGUUGGAAAAGAUUGGGCGCAGUCGGGCGUCGCGCAACUUUUUACGAAGAUAAAAAACAAUGGAUACCAGCUACUUUACCUCUCCGCGAGGGCUAUUGGACAAGCCGGUGUUACCCGGGAAUACCUCCGCUCAAUAAAGCAAGGUGAAACAUGUCUACCUGACGGACCACUGUUAUUGAACCCCACCUCUUUACUACGGGCCUUCCAUCGCGAGGUCAUUGAGAAAAAGCCAGAGGAGUUCAAAAUUCAAUGCCUGGCUGACAUAAAAGCUCUCUUCCCGACCGGGUCUACCCCGUUCUAUGCGGGAUAUGGAAAUCGGGUUAACGACGUAUGGGCAUACCAAGCUGUGGGAAUUCCUAUAGUUCGAAUUUUCACCAUCAACUAUAAGGGGGAGCUGAAGCAUGAACUUACUCAAACAUUCCAAUCCACGUAUUCCCAUAUGACCGUGCUAGUGGAUCAAGUGUUUCCUCCAGUACUAUGCGAGCCGAGUGACGAGUUCUCUCAAGCUGUUUACUGGCGUGAGCCGCUUCCAGAAGUAGAGGUCAUUGAACUACCCGUUCCAACCAUCACUAUAGCCGCAAAACAACCAAAAUAAAGCGAUAGAACUACUACUAGAUGAUCUGCUUACCGACAUGAGGUAUAGCACUUCAGAGUAGUUUUUCAACAAAUAUAACUCUAAAAGUAAUUUGGGCUAUUUGUCACACGAGAGUUUCAAGUAUAAGCGUAGUUCGGAUUGCAAUCUCUCAGGAUGUAUAAUAUGGCAUGGAGGAGCUUUCGCUUUGAUAAACUAUUGCGAAACUUUUGUAUGGCAAAGAUAGUUCUACUUAUGAAAUUGGCUCAAAUUUUGCUGUUUUCCUAGUUGGUUGAUGUUGUAGUAGCAUAUAUGUAUUUAGUAUUCAUAGGAGGUGACUUUUAAUCAUACAAUAGAGCAAUAACUAAAUUAUUCAAGAAACAUUGUAGACAUCUGGAUUUGUAGACUUGUAAUAUCUGUAGAUUCAUAUUGUGAGUAGAUUUUGAAAGAAAUUAUUGUGGAAAAGUUUUUCUUUUUUUUUUAUAAAACAGGUUACAAAUGGGCUGGAUGCACAUCUGAAGUUAAUUGACACUCAAUACCCUCUUUUCUUGAAAGAGCCUAAGUUGUAUUGGUUCAAAUAUUUUAUUUGUUCUUAAUGAAAAUUUAAAUGUAUUUUUGACAUAUUGCUUCGGGUUUAAUAGGUUUUGUAAAACUCUUAAAACCAGUAUAAUAAAUAACUGCUUCAUUUAAAGAUUUCACAAACCUUAAAGAGAAAACAUUACAAUACCGAUUAUUCUCUGUAGCCUUAAGAUUACAAAAUUUAGCAGGAUGCUUAACUUUUUGUAAUGUUUGUGUAAGACAUGCAAUUGAUCUCAACUAAUAUAUUAUAAUUACAAUAGGACUCUGCAAAAAAAAUCCUUGCACCUUUGUUGUUACUUGUCUAGAUACUGGAAUCUUGCAUGGAAUUUAUAAUUUUGAUUGAAAGUAUCUAAUAUUUCAAAUUUACAUUAUACUUGUUGGAAUUGUGUUGUUGCUGAUUUUGAUAAGUUUUGUUCACUUGAAUUUACAAAAUAAAUGUUUAAAAAAUUUAUUUGUUUUGCGUUUUAUGUAAUAGAAGGGACAGAAACCUGAAAUGAAUAUGUUUUGCCUUGUGUAUCAAAGACUGUUAUGUAAUAGUCCAUUUUUUGCUGAGUGCAUAAACUGUGAUGCGUUAGGUGAUGAAGAUGCUUUACUUUGUACUGUGAUUACCUAUUUAUGUAUAAGUUAUGUUAAAUGUGAAAUUAAGCACUCCUGUUUUUGUCCUCAGGCUAAGCUAUGAUACUAUUCAUUAUUUUUCUAAUUUGAGUUUAAUAAUAAAGCAAAAAAAAUUUUUAGACAUCUUCAUAAGAACUUUUGACAUUUUAUCAAAGAAUAGCUAGGAUUUCAUAUAAUAGAAUAUUGAAACUGAUUAUUUUUGUAUAACCAAUUUUUUAUUGUUUCUGUGAUUACAUAAAAUAGUGCAAUGAUUUCAACAAUUUAAAUCAUUUUGCUUUGUAUGAAAUACAUUUUGUUAAGAUAAGA